UGCGAGCGGCACUGUCACUGUUUGUUUUCUCUCACCAUUCUUUCUCUUUUAAUCAGUGAAUCAAAGAUCCUUUGCGUCUCAUCAGCAUUCCUCUGAUCUCUCUCUCUCAAUCUUCUUUCUCUGUCUAAAACCCUCCACCCAUGGAGGCUCUACGGGCCUCGGCAAUGCUUUUCUGCAAACCGUCUCCCCUCUGCUCUGAAAGGACGGGUCUGCAGUGUAGUGUAUCUGGGCAGGUGGGGCUAUCUUCUUUCGGUCAGAGAAGAUUAAAAAUCCGAUCUUUGAAUCUUGGGAGGCCACGCACGGCAAGAAAUGUGUCUCAAGAAGACGCCUCCUUUGUUCCGGAAGAAGAAAAUGACAGAAAAGAAGUAGAGGAGAAGGGUCUUUUGUUGGGCACACAGAGAGAUGGGUCUGGCAAUGUAAUUGGGUUUCAUUUGGUUCCUGAUUCUGUGACAGGAGGUGAAACCAUUCCGGAGUCUCCUGAUGAUGAACAAUCUAGUGUUGGUGAAGGGACAGAAGAUGUAGAAAAAGAAAUCAGAAAAGUAUACAACAUUGUUUUUGUUACCUCAGAAGCAGCUCCAUAUUCCAAAACAGGAGGGUUGGGGGAUGUUUGUGGGUCACUGCCUAUAGCACUGGCUAGUCGUGGACAUCGAGUCAUGGUUGUCUCUCCUAGAUAUCUGUAUGGUGGACUUUCUGAUAAAAAAUUUAAGAAUUUGGUUGACCUUGAUAAGAAAAUCAAGAUCCAUUGGGCUGAUGGCGAGCAGGAAGUGUCUUUCUUUCAUGAGUACAGGGAAGGUGUUGACUGGGUAUUUGUUGACCAUCCUUCAUACCACCGACCGGGAACUCCCUAUGGUGACAGUUAUGGUGCUUUUGGCGAUAACCAGUUCCGGUUCACUUUGCUUUGUCACGCAGCGUGUGAAGCUCCAUUAGUUCUUCCCUUGGGAGGGUACACAUAUGGGGAGAAUUGCAUGUUUAUUGCUAAUGAUUGGCAUGCUGGUCUGGUUCCUAUACUUUUGUCUGCCAAAUAUCGCCCACAUGGUGUUUAUAAGGAUGCUCGGAGCAUUAUUUUGAUACAUAACCUUGCUCAUCAGGGGGUAGAGCCUGCAGGAACCUUUAAAAAUUUGGGACUGCCUUCAGAAUGGUAUCCGGCAGUGGAAUAUAUAUUCCCAACAUGGGCACGGGCCCACGCCCUUGACACCGGGGAAACAGUUAAUGUUUUGAAAGGUGCAAUCAUCACUGCAGACCGCAUAGUGACCGUUAGUCAGGGUUACUCUUGGGAAAUAACUACUCCUGAAGGUGGAUAUGGCCUACAUGCCCUAUUGAGUAGUCGAAAGCCAGUUCUUAGUGGGAUCACAAACGGAAUUGACGUCAAUGAAUGGGACCCAUCAUCUGAUAAGCACAUUGCUUCACCUUACUCCGUAGAUGAUCUCUCUGGAAAGGCUCAAUGUAAAGCUGCAUUGCAAAAGGAAUUAGCUCUCCCUAUUCGACCUGACUGCCCGUUGGUUGGAUUCAUUGGGAGGCUGGACUUUCAGAAAGGUGUUGACUUAAUCCUCUCGGCAACUCCAGAACUCAUGCAGGAGGAUAUCCAAUUUGUAAUGCUUGGGUCUGGCGAGAAACAAUAUGAGGAGUGGAUGAGAUAUAUGGAAUCACAAUACAGAGAUAAGUUCAGAGGAUGGGUUGGAUUCAAUGUGCCUAUUUCACAUAGGAUAACAGCCGCCUGUGACAUCCUAUUAAUGCCUUCGCGAUUUGAACCUUGCGGCUUAAACCAACUGUAUGCUAUGCGAUAUGGCACCGUGCCCGUUGUUCAUGACACCGGGGGCCUAAGGGAUACUGUGGAAUCUUUUGACCCAUAUGCUAAUGAUGGCAGCGGUGCAGGCACUGGGUGGACGUUUUCUCCUCUAUCAAGAGAGAAUCUUUUGGCCACGCUUAGAAUAGCGAUGGGGACUUACAGAGAGCACAAAGCCUCAUGGGAGGGGUUGAUGAAGAGGGGAAUGGAAAGGGACUGUUCAUGGGAAAAUGCCGCUGUUCAGUACGAGCAAGUCUUUGCGUGGGCAUUCAUGGAUCCACCUUACGUUCGAUGGCCAAACUAAAGAAGAAAUCCAAUAAAAAUCCCCUUCAUAGUACUAUAUAUACUCCAGUAUAUGGUAUACCGGAAGAUCAAAGAAAGAAAGAAAGAAAGAAAGAUCUCUUUGAUUUUGUAAAAUCAUCAUCAUACAAAGAAGAUUAAUUGGUUCAUUCCUUGCCCACUCCAAGCUGGCAUUCUGGCAAUUUUUGCUGCUACAUACAAUGUUUAUGCAAUUAUGUGUUUGUUGUUUUUUUUUCUUUGAAGGAGAAUAUUUUAUGAAGUUAUUGUAGUUGUAGCAUUAUGUAUAAAGAUGAAGAUUAUUUUUAUUGAUUUAUUGAAUUUAAAACAAACAUGGAGUCCAUGU